AUGGAUCGAUUUAAUAUUCUUUUCAUUGAUUCUUAUGAUUCUUUCAGUUAUAACCUUAUAAGAUUGAUUGAAAGUCAGAGCAUCGACAAUGGAAAGGGAAUUCAAGUUACGGUUAUUCAUAAUGACACCUUCGAUGAUCUCAAGGAACUAUUAGCAUACAUAAAUAUUUUCGAGUGUAUUGUCAUUGGCCCAGGACCAGGAAAUCCAGUUAAUGGUGCUAAAGAUAUCGGGAUCAUAUCAGCACUAUUCAAUUCAGAUCAAAUUGAAAUUCCGAUUCUUGGUGUUUGUCUAGGUUUUCAAGCAAUGUGCUAUUAUCACGGUGCUACUAUAGAAGAACUGAAGACUAUUAAGCAUGGACAAGUAGAACCAAUCGAGAUAGACACGAGUGUCCCUUUAUUCGAAAACUGUCCACCUGUAUUCAAAUCUACUAGGUAUCAUUCUCUUCAUGUUUCGAACUAUGAAGGGAAUGAUAAUAUCGAACCGCUUGCGUUCACUUAUGAUGAGAAUGGUAAACUGUUAAUGGCAGCAAAGAUAAAAGGAAAGCCAUAUUAUGGGGUUCAAUAUCAUCCAGAGUCCUGCUGUUCAGAAUAUGGUGAUAAGCUUAUCGAAAAUUUCUUGAAGAUCACGCAAUCACAUCACAAAGAAACAUCUAUCAGAUCAAAUUCUGAACAAUUUUUACGGUCUAUACACAAAUCAAUUGACAUUAGACCAACUUACCUCAACUCAUACAAUUCCUCGAAAUCGCCGGAAAUAUCUAUUCAAUCGUACAGAAUCAAUGAAGGUGGAAUUGAUAUGGCGAAACUAUUUUGUGAUUCCUUCCCAAAUCUCUCCAAGUUUCUUUUACUAUCUUCCAAAUUCAAUAAAAAAUUUGGCAAGUGGUCGAUAAUUGCAUUACCGGAUGACAGUUCCACUGUUUUUACGCAUUACGAAUCAAUCAAGAAAACAACAGUUCAUAGUUGGCAAGAUCCAAGACUGAAAGUGUCUGAAUAUAAAAAAAAUGUUGAAGAAGGUACAUCUACAGACUGCCUUACUGUUCUCCCCCAAGAUAAAUCUAAAUUUUGGGACUAUAUCGGAAAUUUUAUGAAAGACCACAUCUCAUAUCACUACGACAAUAAGCUGCCAUUUAUUGGGGGACUAGUAGGUAUUUUAGGAUAUGAAAUGGGACAAUAUGUCGAACAAUCUGGUACAUACUCUUUACAGCCUGAUGCCAAACUCGCAUUUAUAUCAAAUUCCAUUGUAAUCGACCAUGAAAUCGGAAAACUUUAUACGAUAUCAUUAUCUGGGUCAUUUCCCCAGGAACUUACAGAUUUCUUCGUAAAUUUUAAUUCAUCUGCAGGUAUAGAAUCUGAAGGCGAUGACAGUACUGGAUUUCCCGACGCAACUCACUUUGCUAUUGAGAAACCGAAUGCUGUAGAUUAUAUGAGAGCCUUCAAAAAGUGCCAAAGACGUAUUCAUUGUGGCGAUUCAUAUGAAAUCUGUCUUACGACACAAUCGAUAGUACAACCUAGUAAGACUAUUAAUCCAUGGAUUAUAUACAAGAAGUUGCUAAAAAUGAACCCAUCUCCCUUUUCAAGUUUUUUUGAGUUUAAUGAUCUAAUUGGCUCCGAAGACAUACUAUAUUUAUUGAGUUCAUCUCCAGAAAGAUUUAUUGAAUGGGACCAGAAUAUUUGUGAACUCCGCCCUAUAAAGGGUACAGUGAAGAAAGGAAGAAAUAUGGACUUGAAACGGGCCAGUGAAAUCCUGAAAACGCCAAAAGAGUUUGGUGAAAAUUUGAUGAUCUUGGAUUUGAUAAGAAAUGACCUGCACCAGCUAGUGAAGGAUGUUCAAGUAACCGAAUUUAUGUCUAUCGAAGAAUACGAAACUGUAUAUCAGUUGGUUAGUGUUAUCAGAGCAAGUGGUAUACAAAACAGUGUAUAUUCUGGAUUUGACUUCUUAAGAAAUUCCUUACCACCGGGCUCAAUGACGGGCGCUCCAAAGAAGAUUACCGUCGAAUUACUUCAAAAAGAGAUCGAAAACGAAUUGAACGAACAUAUACAUCCCGAUGGCAGCAGAGGUGUUUACAGUGGUGUUUCUGGUUACUGGUCCGUCAAUGACCACAGCGACUGGUCCGUCAAUAUAAGGUGCAUGUAUUCCUACGAUGGUGGUAAGAAGUGGCUUUUGGGAGCAGGUGGUGCCAUUACUGCCCUCAGUACACUCGAUGGUGAAUGGGAAGAGAUGCAAGUCAAACUAGACAGUGCAUUACAGGUUUUUGAAUAA